AUGCCUAUUGAAGCCACAGAAUCUAGAGUGGUGCUCACCCACCCAACAAAUCCCCACACCCGCGUGGAGAUCCUCAACUAUGGGGCCACCAUCGUCUCCUGGAGGCUGGACGGCCAGGAGCAGUUGUGGCUCUCGGAUGCAGCGAAACUCGACGGUUCCAAGCCGGUCAGAGGGGGCGUGCCGCUUGUUUUCCCUGUUUUUGGGGCCGGCAAGCCAAAUCAUGCGACGGAAAAGUUGCCCCAGCACGGGUUUGCGCGCAGCAGCGAGUGGGAGUUCUUGGGCCAGGUGUCGGAGAACCCGCCUACCGUCCAGUUUGGACUUGGGCCGGAAAAUGUGGAUGCGGAAAAGUUGCUGUUGUGGGAAGGUGCGAAUGACUUUACUUUGCUCUUGACGGUGACGUUGGAAGAGUCACAGUUAACCACGAGAAUUGAGGUGGAAAACACCGGGGCCGCAGCGUUUGACUUCCAGUGGUUGUUCCACACCUACUUGCGCAUUCCGGAAAUUUCCAAAAUCAGUGUCGACAACUUGCAGGGCCAGACCUUCUUCAACCAGUUGCAGAAGGCUAACACUACCGAGACCGCCGCCCAGGUCACCUUUGCUCAGGAAACCGACAGUAUCUACAAGAAGGUGGACACAUCCGUUGAUUUACAGGUCUCCAGUGCUGGGAAGCCGCUCCACGUCGUCAAGAGAAACAACCUUCCAGACGCCGUGGUCUGGAACCCGUGGAUCGAAAAGUCCGGAGGCAUGGCCGACUUCAUGCCAAAGGAUGGGUACAAGCAGAUGGUGUGUAUCGAGCCGGGUCACGUCUCUGACUUUGUAAACUUGUCGGCCGGAGAGUCCUGGACCGCUGCCCAGACAUUGGUCGCCUUCAAGCAAUGA